AUGACAAGGGGUAACCAGAUAUGUGUUGAUGGUGACAGUAAAGAACUUACUCAGUGUUUGCGGGAUGGGAAGAACUCCUUAAAAAAAGGAGUUGCUGGUGAGCGCGAUGAAGUGAAAUGUGAUGGAGUAGCUGAAGAAGUUAAGGUUGGAGAGGGAGGGAAUGGGGAAUCCUCUUCUGUCCAGCAGCAAGUACCGCAGUAUCAGUCUCAAGGGGCAAUUAUUUGUUGGGAGAAGUUCUUACAUAUUAGAUCCCUUAAAGUCUUGCUUGUGGAGUAUGAUGACUGUACUCGCCAUAUUGUCACUGCAUUGCUUCGCAAUUGCAGUUAUGAAGUUAUUGAAGCAGCAAAUGGAUUGCAAGCUUGGAAGAUUUUGGAGGAUUUAACCAAUCAUAUUGAUAUUAUUUUAACUGAGGUGGCAAUGCCUGGCUUAUCAGGCAUUGCUCUUCUAUACAAGAUUAUGGGCCACACAACACGGAAAAAUGUUCCAGUGAUUAUGAUGUCAUCUCAUGACUCUAUGGGUUUAGUCUUUAAGUGUUUGUCAAAGGGUGCUGCCGAUUUUCUAGUUAAACCCAUACGGAAGAAUGAGCUUAAAAACCUGUGGCAGCAUGUUUGGAGGAGAUGUCAUAGUUCUAGUGGGAGUGGCAGUGAAAGUGGCACACAAACCCAGAAAUCUGUGAAAUCAAAGAGUCUUGAGAAGUUUGAUAACAAUUCGGGAAGCAAUGACGAGCAAGAUAAUGGAAGUUUAGGCUUAAAUAAUGGGGAUGGAAGUGACAAUGGUAGUGGCACUCAGAGUUCCUGGACCAAACGAGCUGUAGAAGUUGACAGUCCUAAAUCAGGCUCUCAGUGGGAUCAGAUAGCUGAGUGUCCCGACAGCACUUGUGCUCAAGUUGCUCAUUCCAAUGCUGAAAUAUGCAGGGGCAAGAUGGUUCCUCCGGUCAUAAAGGAGAGUCCAGAGCAAAAGGAACAAAUAGUCAAAAUUGCAGGUUCAAAACAUAUCAACACAUUUGAUGUAGGCACCUCUAAAUUCAAUGAGCAAAUUAAUAGAGGAAACCUGGAGCUUAAUUGUGAGAAUCAAUCUGGCAAGCUAAGAUGCAAAGGGCUUUCAUUAUCUGAUGGUGUUACUAGCACUUCUGAUUCUCGAAUGCGAAGUGGAGAAAUUGAAGCUCUAAAUAGAAUACCCAGGUCAUCAGAUAUUUGCAACAAAGGUACUAAUAAUGACGAGGAGUUUCCAUCUCUUGAGCUCAGUUUAAAGAGGCCUAGAGAAGUUAAAGAAGCUGGUACUACAAGUCAGGAUGAACGGAAUGUUUUAAGACAUUCUGAUCUGUCUGCUUUCUCAAAGUACAAUGCAGCCCUUAAUGCUAAGAAGUCUCCUACCAGAUGUGUUGGAAGUAACUCUCCACAUAAUAACAGCUUAGAAGUUACAAAGAAAGAUUCCUCUCUUGAUGUUCAAUCUCAUUCUAGUGGCAAUCCUCCUAACCAGAACUCGAAUGGUGGUAGCAAUAACAUUGAUAUGGGUUCCACUACUAAUAAUGCUUUUACCAAGUUUGCUGUUAUAAGUGAGCCAGCAGUGGCAUCAACAACAAAAUUUGUGUACAAAACAUCUGCUUUCCAGCCCAUAAAGAGCAGCCUCUUGCGUACCUCUCAACAGGAUUUUCAUUACCAUUAUGCAAACCACAACAAUGUUGCUAACAUGCAGCCUCAGUUGCCGCCUGAGAACGAUGCCGAGUCUUCAAAGAAAAUGACUUCUGCUGCUCCGUACUGCGGCGGCUCAUCAAAUGCGGUUGAAGUGCAAGUUGAAGGUAAUAUGGGAAAUUACAGUAUCAAUAGAAGUGCUUCAGGCAGCAACAUUGAAAGCAAUGGACAAAAUGGGAGCAGCACUGCAAUUAAUGCUGGAGGGACAAACAUAGAAAGCAACAAUGGACUUGUUGGGAAUAGUGGUAGUGGUGAUGCUAGUGGAAUUGGAAGUGCAAACAGAGUAGAUCGAAACAAGAAUUCUCAAAGGGAAGCAGCCCUAACUAAAUUUCGCCAAAAAAGAAAGGAGAGAAAGGAUAAGUGCUUUCAUAAACAGGUACGAUAUCAGAGCAGGAAGAAAUUAGCUGAACAGCGACCACGGUACCGAGGACAAUUUGUGCGACAGUCUUCAGACAAUAAUGCAAGUGAGGCAACAGAUAGUUAA